AUGGCGCCCAAGAAGAAGGAAGUCCAGAAGCUGUCUCUGGGCGACUUCUUGAAUGACACCUCCUUUGGCGGCUCCUGGGCCGAUGAAGUCGAGGACACUUUUGGCACCGGUACUCAGCCCCUUCCGCCCCCGGAGCGAAAGACUACGUACGGCACCAGCAAUGACCGCGGCUUCCACUCCCUUCGCGACAACCUCCCCCAGAAGCUCCCUGAGAGGCCGCCUUUCACUGCCCACCUCGGCAACCUGUCCUAUGAGGCCACUAGCGAUGCCAUCACCGAGUUUUUCAAGGACUGCAAGGUCGUGAGCGUCCGCAUCAUUACGGAUCAUGAGCACAACCGCCCCAAGGGCUUCGCCUAUGCUGAGUUUGCCGAUGUCGAGGGUCUCAAGACCGCUCUUACCCGUGAUGGCAUGGUACUUGAGGGCCGCCCCAUCCGGGUUAAAGUCGCCGAUCCUCCGAGGGGCGGUUUCUCUAACAGGACUGAGGUUGCCCGUGAGCUUGACUGGAGCCAGCGCCGUGGCCCCCUGACUGAUCUCCCUCCCCCUCCUCCCCGUGGUGGCGAGCGCAGGCGCGACUUUUUCAACGACGAUGGGAAGGUUCGGGAUUUCAAUAACUGGGAGCGUCGCGGCCCUUUGUCGCCUGUCCCUCAGCCUGAACGCUCUCUGUCUCGUGAUGGUUCUCGCUCCCGGAAUAUGGACCGCAGGGCUUCCCCUGCCGCUUGGGGCCCUGGCGAUCGUCAUGAGGGUUCUCGUCCUCCGCGCCGCGAGUUUUCCGAUCGCCCUGAACGCCAGCCAACUGCUGCUGAGAGGGACACCAACUGGCGCCAGAGCAUGCGUCCCGAUCCCCCCAAGCAGUCUUCUGGCGAGUCUACUCAGGCUCCCAACUCACCUGCUCCUUCGGCCUCUCAGCCCGCUACCCGUCCGAAGUUGAACCUCGCUCCCCGUACUGUUUCGGCUGAGAACAAGGAUACCACGGCUCCUGCUCCUGCCGCCAGCUCCAAGCCCAACCCUUUCGGUGGGGCCCGCCCGAUUGAUACCGCCGCUCGCGAACGUGAAAUCGAGGAGAGGCGCGCGAGGGAAAAGAGGGAAGCUGAGGAGAGGGCCCGCCAGGAGAGGCUUGCCCGGGAAGCUGCUGCUAAGGAAGCUGCUGAGAAGGCUGCUGCUGAGGCUGCUGCUAAGGCCAAUGGCGCUCAGGAGGCUGCGACCACCGAGGCCAAGGAAUCGCCUAAGGAGAGUGAAGCUACCCCUUCCCCUGCGCCUGCCCCUGCGGAGCAUAAGAUUCCUAUCCGGUCGCGCGAACCCAGGGAUCCUCCUAAGUCGCGGGCGACGGAGGUUUCUAACUGGCGGCAGCCGGCUCCCGACCGUGCUCCGUCUCGUGGUGGCCACUCUGGUCCUGGUCCUCGUCGUGGCGGUCCCCGUGGCCCGCGCAACGAGGGCCGUGGUGGUCGCCCUAACGGUAAUGCUGCACCUCAAUCUCCUAGUGUUGAGCAGGCUCCCUCCACGCCCAUUGUUGACGAGGAGGGCUGGACUACUGUCCCGGGCAAAAGCCGCCGUGGGCAGAGCAACCGCCCGAUUGCUUCCUGA